AUCACAGUGAAUAAGACAGGACCAUGUUUCAGCUUCAACUACUUCGAAGACCUCUGCCUCCAAAGGUGGAAAGAGGACUUCUACCAACAAAAAAAUACAAAGAUGCGAUUGAAGAAGAGAAAGAAUUCAAAAAAACUUCAGAGACAGAUGACGUCCAGCUUGCAGUGCCAGAGAAGAAGCAACCAAUUCUUCUGUGUUUUCCAGACUAUGAUUUUGGAAUACGAAUUCCCAAGAGAGAUUUUAUUAUUCCUCUGCAGACUAGCGGGCCUCCUAGUUUCCCAAUGCAAAAACGUCGUAUACCACUUCGCUUUCGGAUUCCUGCCCUGAGAGACCGCCCAUAUUUAGAUUCAGAUUUUAUACUACGAGGCCUGGCUAUGUUAGUAACUGGUUUUCAUCUUCGGUCUUUGGCAUCUGACAUUAGAAAGCCCAUCCUUUCUAGUCACAACUAUGAAGUACUCACUAGCCAGCUGAUUGCUGUAGAGAGAAGAGGCCCUGAAACAUUCUCGAGCAUAAUAUUCUCCUAUGAUGAGCUACCCCUUGUGGAACGACGAAAACCUGGGAGCUUGAUACUAAUAGAAAGGAUGCUGGAGCAGAGGAGCUUCCUCCGCGAUGAAGAGAAAGAGGUGAGGUUCCUGGGUGAGGAGGAGGAUGAAGAUGAGGAAAGCUUCGAGGAUGAAGAGAGAGACGGCUUCGCUGUUGAUGGAGAGAUCCUGGCGAAAAAACGGAAAAAGAAAAGAGUGACUUAUGCAGAAUCAAUAGAAGACAUGGAUUUUUCUGCAACCUUCAUCUCUGGAGUUGCAUGUAAGCCUCUGUCAUGGGAGGAGGAGGAGGAGAUUCAAUUAAAAGCAAAGGCUGAAAUGGCAGGUUCCCUUUGCUUAACAUAUAGAAGAACUGGGCUGAGUCUUAAGGCGUAUUUUCUGUCUCAGCUUCCUGAUCUCUUACCUUUGGCAGACUUUUUGGUGUAUCUUAACCUGUCAUUCAAUUGCCUGUGCUCCUUUCCCAAAGAGGUGUUUAAUCUCAAACACUUAGAGGUGCUAAAGCUUCGAAACAACCCCAUAAAAUUCAUCCCUGAAGAAAUCAACCAGAUGGCGAGUCUUAAAUGUUUGGUUAUCUCCUUCAAUUUGCUAACUUCUCUUCCAGCUGGGCUGUUUGCUUUGACAAACCUUGAGAGCCUUGAUGUUUCCUAUAAUGAACUUGAAACUAUCCCUCAUGAUAUUGGAAAUCUCAGUGCCCUUACAUACCUCAACAUAGAAGGGAAUUUCAUCACUGUUUUGCCUUGCUCGGUACUGAAACUUAACUUCUUGAAACGCCUGAAGUUGGAAAAUAACUUCUUACAUCCCUACUUCUGGAAUGAAAUCUGCCAGCUUCAGCCACAACGACUCACUGACCUGGCUGCUCAUUGUUUUGCCAAGCAUAAGAUGUGGAAAAAGCAUCGUCACAUCCCAAAGAAAAUUGAGGAAAUACUGUGCAACUUCAGGAUCUGUGAUUGCUGCCCAGGACCACUGUAUGGAGACGGCCUUCAGUUCAUUUGUGCUUAUAAAAACGAGUAUGGACUUAGGCUUCCUUACCUGUUUUGCUCCUGCUCACCAACCUGCUACCAGGAGUACUACUCCAGAGCUACCUCUCAGUGAAAGAUAUCAAUGUUGAUGAAUAAAGAACCAACCAAUAACAUUGUG